AUGGUUGCAUACGAACAUUCGUACCAAUCAUUCGUCCUUAGCAAAUUUGAAAUUAUUGCUAUAACAAUUAGCAUUUUUAUAUUCAUAUUUGGUUUCCUAUUGACUGUAUCAACGAUUGUAUUCGAUUAUAUGACAUAUCGAUGGGAACGUCAACGAGCUAUUCAAAUGCAAGAUGAAAUGAUGGCACCGCCACGUUGUAAACAAAAAGCGGAAGAAUUAGGAUAUAAUCCAAUGGAUUGGAAGGAUUACUUUGCCCGUGAUGAACCAUUUAUCGAUACUAAUUAG